AGAGCAUAGCUUUGCGUAGAGCGAUGUGAACGGGCAGAAGGAAGCCACUCCAUGCAUGAAAAGAAAAGCGUCAAAGCAAUGACAAGUUCCAUGUUUUGUCCCUCUUUCUUUCUUGUACCGCUAUGUGUGGUUUUUCUUUAUCUUCUAAAUCUGCAAUACACAAACGCCUUUUAAAACGUGGCAAAAGCGCAGGUGUUGCCUGCGUCUCGACUGUACACACGUGUACGGAUCAAGCUGUCUACAACGAGUUCAUCCGUAACGAGGACCCGCGUCACUCCAGGGAAACAAUGCACCAGCAGGUUUUUUUAAAUUUUUUUCUUGCGUGUCCGAGAUUCGCUCCCGGUGUGUCGGCGCCGCACAAGCUGUGUCGAAAAUACGGCAUAGAGAAACGUCAAGAGCUUCCUUCCCGCCGAAUGCGCAGCUGUUCACCGCGGGUGGCCUUGUCGACUCACGACUCUCCGAGCAGGCAUGCAGAGAAAACGCGGCAACAGUCGUGUAGUACACACACAGACACGACGCAUCGGCGGGCGACUGUGUAAUGCUUCUCGUUAAUAAUAGUUCUCCACGGAGCAAGGUGCUCAUUGCAAGCCGCCUAUCGUCCGCAGCUAUUUGGCUGCCGCUGUGUCCAGACGAGCAGCCGUCGUGAAGCGAAGAUGAUCCGCGCAGUGCGGUCACCUCUUUGUUUAUUGCUCCUGCCGGUGACGGCAUUGGGAUCAUGGCAGACGCCGGUUGUGUCGAGUUGCUUUGGAGCUGACGGCAGCACUUAUCCGGUUCGGUUCAGUGCAGUGAGGGUAUCGAAUGCCAUUUAUGGUCAGGAAAUGACUAUGACGUUCACAAUAACAAGCGACGACGAGCUCGGCGACCAGCCAACGGCGACGAUAGACGUGCUCAAGCCCUCCACCUACGAUAGGUCCUGCCAGAAAAACUUCGGUUCAUGUGAAUAUCCUAUGUGUGACCUGUCUGGAAACAGGGAAUCUAAUGACUUGAUGGAUUCCAUGGACACAGAAUGUCCGAUUCCCCCUGGCGUGUACACAGUGACAAUCACAGCGACCGUGCCAAGUGCGGUGGACCUUAGAAAACGCUUCAAGACUUGCAGAGGCGACGAGAAAGGAGAUGAGGCUGUCUGUUUGGCUAAAGCCACAGAGCAUAAUGCCGAAAGAUUGCGCAGGGUACAACAGCUAAGGGGAAACUCGUGGUUGCUUGAAAACCAGGCAUAUUUGUUUACAACCCCUCGCAUGUCUUCAAAAAACAGUGUCCUUCCCGUCCUGCUGACUCUGCAGAAUGGUGGGCAACCGGUUGGAUGCAACGUCUUCUAUAUGACCAUCUCGGAGUAGGGGCUUUACUACAUUGAACGAAUACGAAGAUACUGCCUUCCUAUGUUCAAAUCACCUAUAGCAUCCAAGCUGUAGUGACAGUGUACACAUUUUUGUACGUCAUUUGUUUUCACCAUUUUUGUGUAGUAGUGACGAGAAGAAAAACAGACAUUGAGCCUGGGCCAAAUGGUCCCUCUACUUGUCUAAUGUGACUUCAGCUCCCAAUAAAAACGUCCAGCUUUGUAGUCUCCUCUAUAAUGGCAUCAUCUUCACCAUCAUCAUCAUCAGCAUCAUCCUAUUUUAUGUCCACUGCAGGACGAAGGCCUCUCCCUGCGAUCUCCAGGUACCCCUGUUCUGCGUCAACCGAUUCCAACUAUCACCAGCAAAUUUCAAAAUUUUGUCGCACCACCUAGUCUUCUGCCGUUCUCUACUGCGCUUCCCUUCUCUUGGUACCCAUUCUGUCACCUUAAUGGUCUAACGGUUGUGUAAUCUGCGCAUUACAUGACCUGCUCAGCGCCAUUUUUUUCUCUUCAUGCCAAUUAGAAUAUCGUCCAUACCCGUUUUCUCUCUGAUCCAAACCGCUCUCUUUCUGCCUCAUAAAGUUAUGCCUAGCCUUCUUCGUUCCAUCGCUCCUUGCGCGGUCCUUAACUUGUUCUCAAGCUUCUUAGUCAGUCUCCAGGUCUCUGCCCCAUAUGUCAGCAAUGAUAAAAUCUACUGAUUGUAUACCUUACUUUUCAAUGAUAACGGUAAGCUUGUAGUCAGGAGCUCACGAUGUCUGCCGUAUGCGAUCCAACCAAUUUUUAUUAUUCUGUGAAUUUCCUCCACAUGGUCAGGGUUCCCUCUGAUUAGUUGACCUAGGUAAACGUACUCCUUCACAGACUCUAGAUGCUGACUUGCGAUCCUGAACUCUUGCUCUCUUGCCCCGUUAUCCAUCAUUAUCUUUGUAUUCUGCAUAUUAAUCUUCAACCCCACUCUUACUGUUCCCUGUUGAGGUCCUCAAUCAUUUGUUGUAACUCGUCUGAAGUGUUGCUUAAUAGUACAAUGUCAUUGGCAAACCGUAGGUUGCUGAGGUAUUCGCCGUCGAUCAUUACUCCUAAACCUUCCCAGUUUAAUACGUUGAAUACUUCUUCCAAGCGCAGUGUGACAAAUGGCAAAUGGUCGCUAAAAAAAGCGGCUCUCUUCGCAAUUCACAUAUGAAACCUUUGCUAAACCGAGUCCCACAGCACGAGGGAUUAAAUACCUUUUUCUUCCUCUUAAUGCCUCCAGUUGGGUUCAUCAUGUGGUUUGUGUCAAUAAUUCAAAUAUUUUAAAGAAAAAACGCGAUAUGAACGACUGCACAAUAAACCAAAAUUUAUUUAUUCUGUA